AUGUGGACGGCUGCGCAACAGCGAAGAGAAAACGAGAAAACAUCCUUUGAAGAUGCGCAGGAACGUGCAAAGGAACGUGCAAAGGAACGUGCAAAGGAACGUCUCGUCGGGUUCGCCAUGAGCGAGGGCACGAACUUUUUCCUUUCUCACACUGCCAUGUGCGUUACCGUUACGCGUCCAGUCUGUCUCGAUCCGGCACAGACACCUGAACCUGAGGGCCAGGCCAGCUGGGGCUCCAUCGAAGUUAUCCUGAUCCAUAAGGACGCACGGGGAAAGGGUCCGGAGCUGGGUCCGGGUCGGCGAGGCGAGAAAAGAGGCGAGGAAAUCGUCAAAGGAUCCCAGGGCCAGCUACCCCCGGCCGCCGCCGUCGUGCCACCACCUACACUCAACUUGAAACCGAAAAUCUCCUAUUCUGAGCUAUCGUGGAUCGUGGAACCCCUCGCUACUCUCUCUUCUCUCUGUCAAGCUCACCUCCUGAUCUGUGCCUCUAUCUCCUCUUCCUCCUUCGUGCCACCUGUUCGAAACUGCGAUUCAAGCGACCAGGCUCAAGGGCCACACGGUACACCAACGGGAUGCGCGUGA